GGGCACAGACGAAAAUGCAGAUGCAGGGAGCAGCGGGAAAGAGUGCUGUACAAAUCACCCCAGCAACCUUGGACAAAGUGCGCGGGUCUCUGUGGGGACUGUACAUCGGGGAUGCGCUCGCCAUGCCGACCCACUGGUACUACGAUCAAUCGCAUCUUCGUAGGACGUACGGAGAGAUCAAGGGGUACGUUCCUGCGCAGGACAAGCUUCCAGGCUCCAUCAUGUCGCUAUCCAACACGGGAGGAGGAGGAAGGGGAGGGUUCUCCGGUAGCAUCGUCGGCGACGUGAUCCUCAAGGGGAAGAAGCAGUACUGGGAGCGAGGAGGCAACUGGUUCUACCACAGGGGUAUGAAGGCUGGAGAAAACACCCUGGAGGGUAUCAUUACUCGGCUCAUCACCAAGGUCAUCUCCUCCAAGGGCUCCUUCGACGUCGACGAAAUCUACUCGCGCUAUGUCGACCUCAUGACAACUCCCGACGCUCACAACGACACGUACGCUGGUACCGGCCACCGCAUGUUCUUUGCCAACUUCGUCAAGGGAAAGAAGCCCAAGGACUGCCCUGACAACGACGGGCACAACACGGACGCGCUCGACGGGCUGGUCAACCUCCCUCCUGUCGUCUAUCAUGCCAUGCUGGAAGGGCAGGAGUCGGCCAAGAGGGAAGCCAUGCAGUGCGCGACGCUGUUCAGGAGGUCGGAGCCUCUCAAGAAGUACGCGCAAGUGACUUCCGCGCUGCUCGUGUCCCUGGUGGACGGGGCUGACCUCCGGGAGGCCCUCUCGCAGACGGGCAAGUCUGUCGGUGUGGACGUGAAGCGCAUGGUUGAGAGGAGCGGGCAGGACCCGAUGACUGCCUGCUACCUUGACAGCUCCUUCCCCUCCAUGCUCCACUUCGCCUACAAGUAUGCCGACUGUCCAGAGAAGGCGCUGCUGGCCAACAGCAACACGGGAGGAGAGAACGUAGCAAGAGGAGCUGUGCUGGGCGCUGUGCUGGGCGCUGCUCACGGAAUGAAGGGCUUUCCCGACCACCUCGUGCGAGGUUUGCAGUCGCAUGCUGAGAUCAGGGAGGAGAUCGAGAAGUACAUCGAGGUCCUGGCGCGAAAAUCCGGCAUCGACCCUGAGACGUGCAGAGACAGCAGACUCUGAGAUUAGCGCCUUUCAUUUUUCCCUCGCAAUCUUGCUGAAGUGAUUGAAGAAUUUCCUUCUAC